CUGAGCAGCAGCAAGAGAGGCGGAGGCGGAGGAGGUGGGAUAGGAGGUGGAGGAGGACAGUAACAGCAUCACAAAGUUUGAGGCUGCCGCUGAGGAACCUCGCGUAGCAUCAGCCCAGAUGUGUUUGGCCUCUUCCGGUGCACGAGGCUUUCCGACCCAGCGCCCCCAAUCUCUGCUCGGCCGUAAGCUCAAUAAUGUAAUCAGCUGCACAGACGGCCUUCACUUCAGCAAGGUGUCGAGUAAAUCGGAGCUGCGCUAACUGCUGACGUCAUGUCGGCAGAGGACGUCACCUCGAGCAGAUUCUAAAGACGAUUGGACUCGUUUUAAAUGAAAGAAGUUCACACCUUUGACAGACUCACACUGGCUAUUUUCUACCUCUUGUUGCUUUGCCAUUAGACAGAUUUUUUUUUUCCCAUGUGUGUUUAGUGCUCUUCCCUAAGGAAAAUGGUGAGAAGAACUCCUCGGAACACUUGAGGUCUCAAACCCACUUAUCUUUAUUCUUGCUACGCAGACUUUUUGGUAACAUACUGUUUGCUAUUUUUGCAUUAUUUGUCCACCAAGCAAGACUGUAGAAAAAAGCAUUAGUGACCUGACACCCUUCCACUGCUCUGGUCAGCUCUUCCUGUUUCUUAAUUAGCACCGUACCAGCUCCCGGAACAUUGACCUUGGCUUGCCGUGACAUCCUGUCUUCUCUGAUUAUUUCCUUAAAAAUAAUAUUGCCCGAAAGCGGUCACUGCUGUGCAAUUUCCCUCAUAGAUAGUCUGUAUUAAUCUAAAUGUGUGGCUCGUUGUCACAUCAGAUUAAGAACACAGUUGGCAGUUGAAUCGGCACUGGAGGAAAACAAUCUGGAAAUAGCUCAAAGCGAAACACGAUAUUUGGUUUAAACACCAAAUAAGAGUUGGACCACAAUUAGUUGCUCAUGAACGCCUUCCCUUCCUUCUCCUCACCUCCCAUCAACACACACACCAUCCAGUCGGUGUGCAAACCCUGCCUCCGGGCCCCGUGGAGGAUGAGCGAUGGGCCCACGCUCGACUACGAGUUGCUGCUGUCCCCGGCCGGCUCUCCCCUCCCCGGCGGCGCUGGCGGCGGCGGCAGCAGCAGCCCACCGCUGGCCUUGGUCGGGGUGGACGCCGAGCAGCGCACGGCUUUCGCCUUUGUGGGCCUCCUUAUGCUCUUCCUGGUCUUCCUGCUGGUCAGGUGCUUCAGGAUCCUGCUGGACCCCUACAGUCGCAUGCCCGCAUCAUCCUGGACUGACCACAAGGAGGGGCUGGAAAGGGGUCAGUUUGAUUACGCGCUGGUGUAAAAGGGGUUCAAGAAGGGUAACAUUGCACACGGAUACAAUCUUUCAGAAGCUUUGAGAUGAAAUCUACACGUGGACAAUGAAUCAUAUUGUGAACACACUCAAGGGGUAUUUUUUUGUAAAUGUUCGUGUAAAGUCCUGGUUUUAGAUGUGGUAGUGUAAAUAUGAGGCGUACCAUGACUGCACUCAUACAGACCAGCAGGACCACAAAAAGCCAAAAUAUUGAAGCUGCCUUAAUCUGACCUGUUGUACUAGCUUGACAGCACACAGCACAGCAUCACGUGAGCAAAAUAGAAAUACACGAAUCCGUUAUCGUCAUCACACAUUCAUUGCAGGGUCUUUCAAACGCGGGAUAGUGAGAGAAUUUGAAACAGCAAAAUGGAACGAUAGUUAUGAAGAUCUAUUAAAAACGUGUAAAAUGUAUUUACCGUACAUUUCGGACUAUAAACUGUGACUUUUUUCACAAAUUUUGAACCUGUAAUAACGGGUUUUAGCUGGUGCGGCUUAUAGUCCGGUGUGGCUUAUCGUCCAAAAAUUACGGUAUGUGAAAUGUCAUGCCAUGUGAAAGCGCUCCAAAUUUUUCAAGUUAAUUAAAGUCAAGGAAAGAGCAAAUCAGAAACUUGAAACUGAUUAUUUAAAAAAAAUCGAUCAUGUAAAUUCGAUACGAUUCAAGGAUGUAACGAUUCGAUUCAAAAACGAUUUUGUGAUUCAACCGUUUUUUUUUAACACCUUUAAUACGUACGUAGACACAAUUUUUUCCACUCAAGCUGCUUCCCCUCCAUUUUGAAAGCUGCUGAUUUAAGGUUUACAUUUGGAAAGCUGACAUCAGAACGUGCCGCUAACACACAGGCAAAAAUGGCGAGUUUACACUAAAGCAAAGGGCCCUUUAAUUAAUCACAGCCAUUACAAAGCAUCCAUUAGUUAUGUGCUCAUCAAGGAUUGCACAUGCUCACAUUUUGGUUUUUUUGUGCUGAUUGCAUUUGUAGAUCCUUGAGUAGCACUGCAACUUCAGAUGCUUUUUCAAGCCACAGCAGGUAGUUUGUGUCUCCGUCAAUUCUUCUCAGUGUCGUGUGUUUUUGUGUCUAUAACUUGACAAGCCAUAUUGAUCCAAUAUAUACAGAUAUAAUCUCUUACUGCAAGUUUAGUUAAUCAUUUUAUUUGCCUGACAAGUGUGGUAAUGAAGCUAAAGCAACCUUUAGGUAAAAUACGGCUUUAUUUUUCUAAUCUUGACUCAAGUUUGAGAGUCUCCUUUUUGCUAUCUUCCCGUCCUUCCUGAUUAUGUAAAACUGCACUGUCGAUAUUUGAAAGGAGUGACUCAGCCGUGUCUUUGAGGGAGGCAAAGCUGAUUGCUUUUCUUUGUCUUUCUGUUUUGUAAUGACAUCUUUUUCAAACUUUUUUGCUUUGGUUUUGAUACACUGCGUAUGAUCGGUCAAAAGGAAUCAUUAAAAAAAAAAUCCUCUUCAUUUGAGUAUGUGCUGUUUAUUUUGUGCCACAAUUGCAACCAAAAAAAAUGUGUGGUUUAUAUCAACCUGGAUAUUUUACCCAUUCAUUUUCGAUACUGAAAUUGGGUAUGUUAGGGAAAAGAUAGCCAGGAAGAAACACUUAAAAAUACAACCCACAAUACUUUAUUGCAAAUUGUCACUGGACAGACAGACGUUUACAAUAUAAGGUGUUCUCACCAAAUUCCAACGACAGAGUGUCUUUGUCUUUCCACAUAAACGAGGAUCAGAAUAUUAAAAUCAAUGUUGUUUAUUGAUCUUUGACAAAUAAACGUGCUGUGUACGGGAUGAUUGUCACGUUAGCGUUCUCUUUAAAAAGGCCAAGUUGUUCUGGCAAAUAUAGCACAUCAUAAUUCAGUGCAUGUGGGCGAUGAUGGCACUAUUCAAGUUUGGCACUGAAAUGUCAAAAAACAAACAAACAAAACGACGAAUAAGAGACACAAGGACACUAUUAAGAUACAAAGUCUUACAAAGAUUUCCAGGUUAGAAAUAGACAAAAUGGUUAUGUGUGAUAAACAUGGCCCGGGCUGUUGGCCCAGUGUGGCAACUUUGAAUGCUCAAAACAUUUAGCACCAUUAUGAGCCGAGCUGGAGGUGGUCAACUUUGCAUUGACGCUUAUCCAAAAGACUGUGAUCCCCUUAUGCUGACAUCAGAAUGUUGAUCUAGUUAAAUCUCUGAGACUUCCUAUGAGAACAACAAAUCAAUAGCAUUGAAAGGCCUUCAAUCUACAGUUUACUUUGGCUGUCUUGACAUAAAAAAAAAAAAUUAAAAUGCUUAAAAUUAUACAAUAUCAAGAAGCAUGGUUGAUACGGGGUUUUUUUUUCAGCACUGAGACAAAAAAAA